ACAACCUGGGCUUACUACCACCCACUCUCUCCAAGACGUUGCCUCGAGGAUCGUCUAUAUCAAGAUUCAUUCAACAAAGAUAAUUAUCAAAGCCCUCGUUCAUACCAAGCGGGGGAAACAUAUGCUAUCUCGAGCAGUAUCUACAAUCCUGUAGCCUAUCCCCACGCAGGACGGACAUCUUUACUCUUUUCGGGUAACCACUUGAGUUUACGGACUAAAAUCAACGAUCAACUACAUACUAUGUAUACCCGAGAGCCCAUGAUAACCAUCAAUCCCCUCAUUUUCAGCCACCGAACUCUACACCAUUGGCGCACACUCGACAUACAAUACGUCGGCUGCCUCAUUUGAUGCUACCGUGUUUUUGAUAAGCUUUUCUCCGUCAUUGGUUGCUGUGGAUGGCUUGGAGUGAUUGAUGAUUGAUUGACUAUGCCGUUAGGUCGUUAUCCUUUUGCUUACACUUUGGGGAUACCGAUGGGAAGGUUUCAUUUUGAAACAAGGUUAAUGGCUGGGAUUUUCCGGGGUAGGGGUAGGACCUUUACCACUUUGGUACUGUUGCGUUGGAUUUGCCGGUCUGGUCAGCUGGGUUCUUGUCGAUGAGGAGUGUAGUAGAUAGGGUUCUAUUCCUUCUUACGGGCAAUGGAUGGAGAAGGCGUUCGCUGAAGAUUUACGACAUGAUGAAUAUGAUUCGGGAAAUGUCUAUCUCCAACCUUACUGUGCGG